AUGUCGGUUCUCACCACCUCUGACGUCGAACUUCCGCCCUCAGUGGGAAAGGCAAAAUCUGUAGCUUGUCGCAAAUGCCAUUCUCGAAAAGUCAAAUGCCCAGGAGGCCAGCCCUGCAUGACCUGUGUACAAAUGGCCUGUCAAGACGAGUGUGUCUACCCCAAACGUGAUAGACAGAUCAGAAGUCUCAUGUUGACAGCCCAUAGCUAUCUCAACUCUAUCGUGCAACAGAAUCACGCUCUGCGAACGACCAUUCGCUCGUUACAGGCCAGGGAGACUGCCCCCCUAUUAUUUCAUACCGUCUCAAAACCCGAGGAGCAUGCAACCACCCCAGAUGAAGACUCAAGCCAAAACCCGGUCCUCGGCGAUAAUCCGUGGUUCGUUCAGCAGGUUUCAUUCAGUGUUCCUCUUCGAGUCGGCGAAGGAGCAGACACAGCAUUCGCUACCCGAUUUCGUCAAUCGGUCUUGAACGUUCCUACCAGACAUCCUCCUCGCAUUCAAUACCCUACUGAGACGCAAAUCGCAAUCCUAUCUGAGACUGGGGUCUCAACCCCAAGUGCGACAAGAGCACAUUUCCUUGUGCAAGCGGCGUUGGCCAACAUUGACAACGGCUACCACAUUGUGCGCAGCCGCUCUGUCUGGGCUCUCCUGGACCGGUUCCUCGAAGGAAAUAAAACUUUAGAUUCCCUUUCGCAGAGCAAGAUCUUUGCACUAUUUGCUAUGGGUGAGCUAUACUCAAGUCACUGCCGAGCAUCGGACGCCCAUCCGCCCGGCCUUCAGUACUUUAGUCUCGCCUUCAAGUCAUAUGGAUGUCUCCUCGAACGUCCGUCCGUGGACAGUAUUGAGGUUACGCUGCUUCUGUCCUUGUAUUCUCUCUGCAUCAAUAGGUGGCAUUCGGCAUAUUUUCUAGCGAGCUCCGCACUUCGUCAUUGUGCUGUAAUGGGCCUGCAUUUCAACAUCCCAGAGGCAAGCAUUCCGGACGCUGCGACUAGGGAACACCUGCGUCGGGUAUGGUGGACCUCAUACAUACUGGAAAUCAUCUGCGCCGUCAACGCGGGGCAGAUGCUUCGGAUAGAAGAUGACGAGGUUUUGGUAGAUCCUCCAACCAACGCUGGUCUUGCCGAGGCGGAUCAAGCCGACUUUGCAGAUCCCGGUUUUCUCCUGGACAUGGUCCGACUGCGCCAAAGAGGAAGUCCUGUUGGACAAGUAAAGAUGAGCACGGGUACUUCAGAUGCUUUAGGUGCACUGUCACAAGCGUGCUCGUGGAUUGACGGGUCAUUCAAGACAUUCGACUAUACUCAGACCCAGUAUCUGUUUUCCGUAGCCACGAUACACGCCGUAUCUAACUUUCUGCAUGGCCCCGGUGGUUCAAAAGACCAAGAUGCUUUCGAGUUCGCUCAGCAGUUGAUGCAGGAACUGGUCAGAUCUGGAAGCGUAGUGGCGGCAGAGUUCUCACAACAUCUUGAAGCGAUCAAGGGAGACAUGCAGGGUGUCCUGUCACAGGCUUCCAACGCAGACUCUAGACCGACCGACGUUCAGCAUGCGUCCAGGCUUCCCGCAAAUUCCAUACGCACAGACGUUGACUCUUUCACUGCCCAAAUCUCGGAUGCAGUUCUAAAUGAACCUAAUCUGGAGGCUUUCUUAUCGCAACGUGGACCUGGGUCAGACGAAGGCAAGUACUUGGAUUCAUCGCAGCUGGAAGAUCUUUACUGGCCGAUAAUGGACUUUACUUGA